AUGGCAGGCUCUGGAGAAAGCUGCUCCUUCCUGCUGCCGGAGGCACUCUACGACUCCACCGGGGCCUGGGGCCUCCAUGCUGGCCUUCGGAGCGGGAGCCAUGGCCGGCGGCACCGGCGGCACCGGGACGACGAGGGGCGACGCAGGCGGAGGCCGCGGAGCCGGGACCGCAGGUCAGAUUCGGAGGAGAAACGUUGGCAGCGGCAGGGGCGGAAGAGCCGGAGCCCGAGCCCGGCACCUCGCUGGCACUCAAGGGACACGUCUUCCCCGUCUGACUCAGGGGACGAGCACCAGAGGGGCAGGUGGGCCCAGCAGAGGCAAGCACGCUCUUGGUCCCCAGGCUCCUCGACGUCCAGCUCCAUGUCCCCUGACCGCCUCCCCAGCCUCCGGCAGGCAGCUGUGUCCCGGAGCCACCAGCAGAGCCUGCAGGAGCGGCUAAGGCUGCGGGAGGAGCGGAAGCAGCAGGAGGAGCUGAUGAAGGCCUUCGAGACACCGGAGGAGAAGCGGGCCCGGCGGCUGGCCAAGAAGGAGGCCAAGGAGAGGAAGAAGCGGGAGAAGAUGGGCUGGGGCGAGGAGUACAUGGGAUACACCAACACCGACAACCCCUUCGGCGACAACAACCUCCUGGGCACCUUCAUCUGGAACAAGGCCCUGGAGAAGAAAGGCAUCGGCCACCUGGAGGAGAAGGAGCUGAAGGAGCGGAACAAGCGGAUCCAGGAGGACAACCGUCUGGAGCUGCAGAAGGUGAAGCAACUGCGUCUGGAGCGGGAGCGGGAGAAGGCCAUGCGGGAGCAGGAGCUGGAGAUGCUGCAGCGUGAGAAGGAGGCGGAGCACUUUAAGACGUGGGAGGAGCAGGAGGACAACUUCCACCUGCAGCAGGCCAAGCUGCGCUCUAAGAUCCGCAUCCGGGACGGGCGUGCCAAGCCCAUCGACCUGCUGGCCAAGUACAUCAGCGCCGAGGACGACGACCUGGCCGUGGAGAUGCACGAACCCUACACCUUCCUCAAUGGGCUGACCGUGGCCGACAUGGAGGACCUGCUGGAGGACAUCCAGGUGUACAUGGAGCUGGAGCAGGGCAAGAACGUGGACUUCUGGCGGGACAUGACCAUCAUCACCGAGGACGAGAUCUCCAAGCUCCGCAAGCUCGAGGCCUCCGGGAAGGGCCCCGGUGAGCGCCGCGAGGGCGUCAACGCAUCUGUCAGCUCAGACGUGCAGUCGGUCUUCAAGGGCAAGACGUACAGCCAGCUACAAGUCAUCUUCCAGGGCAUCGAGGGCAAGAUCCGCGCCGGGGGCCCCAACCUGGACAUGGGCUACUGGGAGAGCCUGCUGCAGCAGCUGCGUGCGCACAUGGCACGGGCCCGGCUCCGCGAACGACACCAGGAUGUGCUGCGGCAGAAGCUGUACAAGCUCAAGCAGGAGCAGGGCGUGGAGAGUGGGCCCCUCUUCCCCAUCCUCAAGACCGAGCCGCCCUCGCCUAGCCGCAGUCCAGAGCCCGAGGAGCCAGCCCCGGCCCCCAGUCCCGCCGGCCCUUCUGCGGAGGGCGGCCCGGAGGAGGGUGCAGACACAGGCGCGGGUGAAGGCGAAGGCGAGGGCGAGGGCGAGGGCGCGGCAGCGGAGGGCGCAGCCGUGCUGCUGGAGGAGGACCUGAUUCAGCAGAGCCUGGACGACUACGACGCGGCCCGCUACAGCCCCCGCCUGCUGAGCCCCCACGAGCUGCCGCUGGACGCCCACGUCAUCGAGGCCCACGAGGACCUGCAGCGCCUGCUGCUCUCACGCCAGCAGCUCCAGGUCACAGGCGACGCCAGCGAGAGCGCUGAAGACAUCUUCUUCCGGCGGGCCAAGGAGGGCAUGGGGCAGGACGAGGCGCAGUUCAGCGUGGAGCUGCCGCUGACCGGCAAGGCCUACCUGUGGGCCGACAAGUACCGGCCGCGCAAGCCGCGCUUCUUCAACCGCGUGCACACGGGCUUCGAGUGGAACAAGUACAACCAGACGCACUACGACUUCGACAACCCGCCGCCCAAGAUCGUGCAGGGCUACAAGUUCAACAUCUUCUACCCCGACCUCAUCGACAAGCGCGCCACGCCCGAGUACUUCCUGGAGGCCUGCACCGACAACAAGGACUUCGCCACGCUGCGCUUCCACGCGGGCCCACCGUACGAGGACAUCGCCUUCAAGAUCGUCAGCCGCGAGUGGGAGUACUCGCACCGACACGGCUUCCGCUGCCAGUUCGCCAACGGCAUCUUCCAGCUCUGGUUCCAUUUCAAACGCUACCGCUACCGGCGGUGAGGCCCACGUGCCAUGCAGGACACCGGGACAGGAAGGAGGGAGGGAUGCCGCUGGCCUGCCCCUCCCUUGCACUUGGACAAAGGGAUGGGGGAUGCUGCUGGCCUGCCCCCAAUCUCUCUCUGCCCCCUGGACCCAAAUAGGGUUCUGGGGCACUGCUGGCCUGCCCUACCCAUGGGCCCACUGGGGACCCAGGCAGAGGCGCCAGGGAGGCCCUGGUGGCAUUUCCCUGGGGCCAUGUCAUGCUGAGGCUGCGCCUCCUUGCUCCUUGCCUCAGUCACCCUCUCUGAAAUGCACCUGGGCCAGGGGAGACUGGAGACAGCUGACCGGUCCCAGCCUAGAGCCGGGCUGAGUGAGGCCGGGCUAUGCCCUGAGCCCCUUGGCCUGUGGAGCCAGACAGCACCUCCCAUGUGCCCUGAGGGCACCAAAGCAGGCUCUCCUGUCACAUCCCGGGCACUGCACAGGGGGCCCCAUUUUGGAGAGCCCUUCCUUGGCAGAGUUGUCCACUGAUGGCCCACCACGAACCCGAGCUGGGACCACACAUCGCCUGCCACUCAGGACCCAGAACACCCCACCCCCACAGCCACCAGGCACAUGGGGACUACCCAGAAUGUGGGCAGCAGAGACUGGAUCAGAGCCCAUGGGGGCAUCCACUCCCCCACUCGAGCAGCUGCCAAGAAACGCCACCACAUCUACGUUUCUCAGAAGGUUGAAACUCUGGAAACAGCCACUCCCUGCAGGUGGUCACAACCCCACCCACCCCACCCCCACACCACACCUUGUCAGGAAAUGUCAUCUGCCCUUCAAAGCAUUUUUAGGUUAAAACAAAAAAUACCGCCAACUUCCCGUUUCUUAAUAAAUGUUCUAUUUUAGAGUAAA